GUUAUCGCUUUCUUUGUGAAGCGUUUUUUUAAAAAAAUUUUUUUUAAUAUUAUACGUUACCUAACGUUAUCAGAAGAGGAACGCACCCCGAUAUUAUCUUUAAAAUCAAGUGCAAAUGGCGAUCGUUACAAUGGUUUGCCACUUUGUGAAAAGUUCAAACGCUUUUAAGCUUUUUUUGCUAACAUUUAUUGCUUUCCUGCUUUAUGCAUUUUAUAUCUGGAAAAAUACCACGACUUUUACGACAAUAACAAAAAAUAUAUAUCGCAAUGCUGAAGCACAAGCAAAACGAACGAUCGACUUGUCGAUAUCAUUCCAACAGGACGUGUAUUCUGGCAACGGUGUCCUCUCAAAUAAAGACCCCGUUGAAAAACACCCGAUUACAGAUGACGGAAAAAUUUAUGUCAUUAUAACGUUUAGUAAUAUUAAACGGUACACGGAACUAAAGGAAAAGUUUAAGACGUGUAUAUCUUCCAUGCUUUCCAAAACAAGAACUCGAAUCGUGUUUUAUAUCAUCGGGGACGAAUACAGUAAAGACAUUGCUGAACAGAUCAUGGACUCGGUUUGUAAAAAGUGUCAUCAGUUAAUUCAUCUUGAUGUUAACCAGAUAUCGGAGAAAUUUAAUCACAUCAUACUUAAUAUGUUGAAGUCCUUCACCAUACCAGGACAUUAUUACAACGACGCCCUCUUCUUCCUGUCGCUGAUAAUUCACAGAGUUAUGCCCCCUUACUUGCACAAAGUGAUAAUGAUAGAUGCCGACUUGAAAUUCCAAUCUGAUAUUAACCAGCUAUACAGACUAUUUGGAGAGUUCAAAGAAGGAAACAUUAUUGGAAUUGCCAAAGAAUUACAACCCGUUUACAGACAUGCGUUCGGGCAGUAUCGUAAACAUCAUCCGGGAACUCUCGUGGGGGAGCCACCGCCCAAUGGGUUCACGGGAUUCAAUAGUGGAGUUCUACUUCUUGACCUUGACAAAAUGAGAAGGUCGCAACUUUACAAUUCGUUAAUAGAUUCGCAGGAAGUUUUUAAACUCACAGAAAAAUACUAUUUUAAAGGUUUCUUAGGGGAUCAGGACUUUUUCACACUGCUAUCUUUGGAAUAUAUGAAUGUGUUUUAUAUUUUGCCGUGCACAUGGAACAGACAGCUGUGUCAGUGGUUUCGCUACCAUGGAUACGUUGACGUAUUUGAUGAAUAUUUUAUGUGCACAGGCCACGUUAAUAUUUAUCAUGGUAACUGCAAUACAUCAUUUCCCACUUAAAUUUUUGUUUUAUCAUCAGGUGAUUAAUCAGAGAAAAUAUUCCAAUUAUAGUUAAAGUUCGUUUUGUUUACCAACACCAC